AUGUGCUUCUUUCUCACCAGGCAUUUCAGUUGCGUCGAGAACGGUGCGACCGUGACCCAUACUCACCAAUACCUCGUCCGCUGCGCGAACCCCUUCUACGUGGACUGCAUCGCAGAUGGCGCGCUUCCCAAGAUGACGCAACGCUACAACAUUUCCUGCCACAACUGCAGCGGGAAGUGGCAUCAUCCCACAGUCGCGCCAUCGGCCGUUGUGUACUCGCCCGCUGAAAACAAAGAAGCAGUACAUCGCGCCGAACAAUCCUACAUUCGAGAAAUGUGUUCGCUUAUAGCAGUAUCAACUUACCCGAGAUGGCCAGAAACGCCGGAUGACGCCAAGCGUGAUAUCUAUCCAGUAGUGAAGCAGGAGCUGGCCUGCCGAUUCAACAAGGACCACUUCGACAACGGGAACCUUUGCGACUGCUCCGACACAAAUACGCACCCCGAGCUUCACAACAUCAGCGCAGCGCUACGUCAGGUCAUCGCCCGAUGUUACCUCUUACCCUGGGAAUGGCAGGAAACUACCUCCAACAAAGCGGAAUUUCCGUUUCCUGGAAAGGAGAAUCCACGCUUUCGAUUUAUAGGGGAUCGUCUGAAGAAACAGCCCGAACUGAGCGCUCUGAAUCACUUGAAGGCGCCAACAACCAUCGGAGAUAUUGGAGUCCUUGACUUCUUUGUAGAGCCAUGGGACUGGAAACAGCGGGAGAUGCAUAUGCGGCAAAGUUUCAAAGCCAACUGUUGGCUCAGUUGGGGUCGACCAGAGGUGUGGUACAAUGAUUUCAACGAUGUUAUGUCGCCACAAACUCCGUUACCCGACUGCCAGAUUGCCGACGAGUUGGACUUCCGCGGGCAAAUUGUGCAUAAAAUCUUUUCUCUCCUGACAGUGGAUUCAGGACUCUCUCCCGACCGCGCCGCUUCCAUUGCCCGCGUUCACACCAUCAUUAUGUCGCCCGACCCAAAUCUGCUUUCACGAGACCAGACGUUUGACGAAGGUACUAAGAGGGCGCUGCACCACAUUACUCUUCGCAUGCCUCAUUUCAACCACCACAACCUGACCACGCCGUCGGUAGGAGCAGCUUGGACGGCGGAGGAUGAGAACAUAAACACCGCGUAUCACCUGCGACGGAAUCGCGACCUCCUACUAAGCGACGAGGAUUCCCGGAUGCGAGCCAUUGAGCGCGCAGUCGUCCCGCUGACCAGGGCAGAAUUCGACGCCUUGGACGAGCCCGACUGCUUGAUUUGCAUCGAAGCGAUGAGUUACCCUGGGGAACCGCACGCUGCCGUCAGAUUCAGGUGCCCCUCGCGUCACUACGUCGGGAUGAAUUGCUGGAUGAAGGCUCAGCGAAAGAAGAGGUCUGUAGACAGCGGCAGAGCUAUAAGAUGCAUUGCGUGCGGUGACAACUACCCGCUUGGGGAAUGGCCGGCCCCGAUCAACCUGGACCCUGUCUUCGGAGCGGAACACCUUCGCAUUCCGAGUGGUAAACUCAACCCUGAGCAGCAGUUGUUCGACUUUUAG